UUUCUCUUCUCUCACUUUUUUUUUUGUUGUUGGUGUCUUCCUGCCGUUUAGUGAUGUCUCUAUUAAAGCCCUAGUUUUACCACAUACGGUGGCGGGCCGUUUGAUUUCUCGAUUUUAUUUGUUGCGUGUGACACCCGCAAGUCGGCUGCAAAUCCAUUCAGCGAGGACAAGGUGAAAAGACGUAUAGGAUAGUCUCGAUUACCAAGCCCUGUCGCAAUCACUUAGUAUAGGAGACAUUCUUACAGCCAGGAACCGACUGCUGCUUAAAAGAAACAUCAAGGUACUUACCAUUCAGUACAGUGCACUAUUUCCACGUAUUCUUGUUAUCUCGAUGAUGUAUAUCUACGACCUGUGCUUUUGUCUCUGACAAUUAGUACGUACUCUUUUUUUCAAACUUUGUAAUAAUGUGAAAUCUUACAGAAAGAAAAAAAAAGAAGAAAAAGGUGAGAAAAAAAAAUAUUCAAGGAUCAUAAUCAUUGGAAGACAACAUUGCUGAAUUGAUUUUUCGAAACUAAACCAUGGAAAGUUUUGUGAAUAAGGAUGCGUCAUAGUGGUGUGUGAUGUCAUAGUGCUUUCUUAUCAUCAUCAUCAUCAUCAUCUUCUGUUUCCAGUUAAUGAACAGACGAACGAGGAAACUAUGUUUUUAUUAUUUCGAUGAGUUUCGCUUCCAUCCCAGCAGAGAGCUGUGGGACGGCGUUGGGGACUUGACUACCUCUGCCACCCCCGUCCGCCCCACCCCCGGGCCUGCCCCUCCGGGUAACAUGUACCAUGCAGUGGUGGUGUCUAGUCACAUACCAGCUAAUCUUGAUAGAACUUCUCGUGCGGACCGUCAGAGCGGGAGGCAGGAUAAAACGAACUGUUAUUGGACGUUACCCACUGUGUCCACGUGGCUGCACGAGCUGCUCGCACGUCAAUGGCUGCGUCACGUGCGAACCUCAGUAUUUCAUGUUCCUGUUACGAAAGAACAUGCGCCAAAUCGGCAUCUGUACGCCAAGCUGCCCCAUCGGUUACUAUGGCGUCCGCCACCAGUACUACAGCAAGUGUAACAGGUGUCACAUCGAGCACUGCGAGGCGUGUUUCAGCCGCCACUACUGUACGAGGUGCGCGGCACCCUACCUCGCCUUCCAGGGCCAGUGUGUGGAGAGUUGUCCUGAGGGUCUCUACUACGCCAACUAUUCCAAAGACUGCAGGGAAACAGUGGACUGUAUGGUUGGACCAUGGAGUCCAUGGACUGUGUGUUCUCGCAAUGGACAUAUGUGCGGCUACAAAUACGGCGUCCAGACCAAGUCGAGACAGAUCCUGGAGUAUCCAUCACCCACUGGGGAGGGGUGUCCCAUGCUAACGGAGAGUCGCCGCUGCCGAAUGGUGCGGCGAUUUUGCAAUGGGCAGUGCAAUCGUCGGAAGCGACACCGGAAACGGAAACGGAAACGAAAGCGAGGAAAAGGAUGGCGCCGAGGACGGAAAGGUCGAAAGCGGGGAAAGAAAGACCGAAAGCGAGGCCGUCGUAAAGAGUACAAGAGGAAGAUUCGCAGACGGCGAUUGUGUCGUGACAGUAGGAGAUGUUUCAGACGAUUUAGGUGUCCCCGAAAACGAAUUGUAGGAUGAGUUGACGCAGUGAAUUCAUGAGCCUAGAAUCGCUUGCAGUAGGCGUUUACCGACCAUUCUAAAGACUAAAGUGCAUACGGUGUACCAGCUAUGAAAACAAAAAGGAUGUUUAACAUUUAUAUUUUUGUUAAAUAUACUCAAACAGGUCCCAAUACGAAACUUUGGUUAAAGUUCGCGUUCAAGAUGUGUGUGCUGAAGGACGUUUUAGAAGAGAGCUUCGUAUUAAGGUUUUAAAACACAUUUUGCUCUCAUAGAACAAUGGCGUCUGACGGAAGUAGCGUCAAGGGAGAUAACCGUUAAAAUAAACUGAAGCUCGGAACACGAACCAAGAGGUUCAGUGGAUGUGAUCCUAUUCCAGAGUGUAAUCUGCGAAGAUGAUUUUUUUUUUUUUUAGUCUGAUAAACACUGUAAGAUUGUUAUUGUUUUCACGACUUAGAACUAAAAGUAGCUUUUCGUUUUCUCUCUCUCUCGGAUAUGUGUUUCUGCUUGGUGUUUGUAUGGGGCGCUUUCAGCUUCUAGUGCUGCCAGACUGACGUCACGUGACUUGAUCGUGUUCUAAAGCCGUGCUCGUGCUCACUUGGUAUUAACUGCACGAAUACAAUUCACAAAUAUUGUGUAAAUUGUUCACUGACAUUUUUGUACAGAUUUUUUUUAUACAAUAUAUGUUAUUAUUGUGCAUCCAUAUUUAAAUGUGUUUGCUUGACUGGUUGUAAUUUGUUUUAAAGCGUACCAGAUUAAAGGAGCUCUAUCAAAGUUGCAUCCCUCCGAAAGUAUUUAUUGUAUUUUGUGUAAAAAUUAUAUCUUAAGCUGUAAUAUAUUUGCACUGAACAGUUACAACCAAUUAAUUUACUAGAAGACAUUUUAAUAACGUUUUUUGAAGCACUGAGGAUGAUUGUCACGUUAAACGCAUGGCGUCACAGUUUUAUUACACAUAUUAACCCAUAAACAUGCUGAAAAUCAUCACGGAUUUAGCCUCAACAUUUUACACACUAGUAGGAUUUUUAGGUCUAUUUUCGAUUUUUUGGCUGAUGACUUUUGGAGAAAACAAAUUUCGUUUUGUCCAAUGGCAGAAUAUAACAAAUAUUCAUGUUCUAGAGUUAACUAAUUAAGCGUAAAUGUGAUCGAUUAAUGAAUAGACAUGUAUUAUAAAUAACUGUACAGAUAGCGAAAUUUGACAUUUGCAACUAUGAUAAAGGACCUUUAAUUGGCACCAGUACUGUACGUGUUGUGUAUAAAAUGUGAAGUGGGCUAUAGUUACACGUGUAUACAUUUCAAUUAGACACAGAAAUACAUCCUUGAUAUAAAUUGCAUUUCUUGAUAUCAAGAUAUCAGAAUACAUUUUUUAAUAUUAAGAAUUCUUGAUAUCAAAUAGCAUUUUGGAUAAUGAUAAUUAAUUUUCUCAUACCAACCAAUUUUUAUAUUAAAUAGUAAAACGACCUCCAAAACUGUUCAAGUCUCUCUUAUUAUGUUUGUAUAUUGUAUGCACAAAAGGUGUAAAGAAGUAUGGAUUAGAGGCAUCCAAAAUUAUGACAAGUACGACCGACAUGUACACGUUGUAAGAUAUUUAUAUUACAGUUCGC